AUGAACAAAGGUAGGAUAACAAGCCGAUUUCAUUUUGACCAAAGGAACAGUGAACAGGACGGCGACGGUGGAAUUACCUCGGGUAAUUUGGCAGAUCUCUUAAGCGACGACUCCAUCUGCGCUGAGAGCCUUUGGAAAAUGUACAAUAAGGCAAGAGAUGGUUUACCAUACAAGGCAAGAAUGGAGAAUUUAACGUGGAGGAUGAUGUAUAUUAAUGGACCAAAGCGCAUGCAGCAGCAGAAGGAACGAUAUAGUCAACAGAGCCUGGGUGGUCAACUUAAGCAGGAAGACGUGCUUAUGUUGGAUCCUGCGGCUGAUGAGUUUGAUUACAUCGAGCAUAUACGGAAGAUGUCCAAGGAAAGUUCUUCGUCGUCGAGCUCUUCCAAGAAGAGGCCUGCCGAGUUCUCUCCUGUGGUUGGUCCAGCAAACGGAGCAGCAUAUCCAACAGGAAAGCAGCUCUUCUCCAACUUAUCUGCUUCGUUGGCGGCUGAGAGAGAGCAUCAACACCAAACUGACCACAAUCAGCUUGGAGGGCAAGGCGGAAACCACCAUCUUCAAAACUCUAUGGAUCUUAACAUGGAAGAUCACGAAAAUGCAUUUGAAUUCAACUUGGAUCAGUACGACUACAACGGCAGCAGCCUGACGGUCCAAAACCCAGGUGAUUCACAUUUCAGUGACUCCUUGCCGUCCGUAGCAUCAACUAUCUCCAACCAACAUCACUUUAACCAACACCUGAUUCCUCAGCAUAUACACCGCCCUCUGACGCUGCUGAUGGUCCUGGGCCUAGGUGGGGGUAUGGCUUCUUCCUUUGAAUCGUCUACGCUGCCUAUGGCUACUGUGGGGCCCUCGACCAUUUUAAACAACUUUAAUUCUUCAAAUCCAACCAAUUUACAUCGUGAAGCUUCGCUAGUUAGUUUGCCUGAUUACACGAGACAAAGCACUCCGUCUAUGCAUAAUCAUCCCAAGUUUAAUGGCGACUUUGGCGGCUCCUUGCCACAACAUCAAAACUCAUUUUCUAAAAACUCAUAUAGUUCACCCCAGUAUUUUGGCGUUAACUCGCCUUCUAUAGAUGGAGAUGGUGUUUCGUACUUCGACAGGCUGAAGACUCCGGGAUCUAUUCCAAUGUCAGCGGGUGGUGGCAUUUCUAACAGAAAAUCUAUCCAGAAUCAAAACUUUGCUCAAUUCAACUAUGGAAGCAGCUUGCCAUUAAAUUGGGAUGAUGAUUUUGGACGUACUGCACCUCCCAGUGGUCCACAGCAACCGCUGAAUGCUAAUGGAUCUGGAAAUAAUACAGCUAAGAAGGCCAAGGCGGCAUCCAAAUCUAAAAAGGUUUUGUCCACCACAUCUCCUAUGAAGGAAUCUUCGUCCAAGAAGGAAAAGGAGACCCUCACUACCGUAGAUGGGAACCCAGUUUCUUGUACCAAUUGCCACACUAAAACCACUCCAUUGUGGAGAAGAAACCCCGAGGGACAGCCAUUAUGUAAUGCUUGUGGGCUCUUCCUAAAAUUGCACGGUGUAGUGAGACCCUUGCUGUUGAAAACAGAUGUUAUUAAAAAGAGACAAAGGGGUCAAAACACCAGCAAAAAGCUGUCCAUAAGCGGGCCAACCACUACCAAAGGUGGAAAUAAGCUAAAUGAGAGGGAUGGGGAUGAUCUUAACCCUGCUCCAAUAAAAGUUGAUCGCAAGAUACCCUACGGCGGAGGCAGUAGUAAUAGAUCAAUCAGUCUGUCGCCUGGAUCUAUAACUGCUUCUGGACUCGCCCCGUCACUAAAAUCCUCUUCAGGGCCGGGCUCCGGGUUCAAUGAUGUAAAUAAUGAUAAACUAAAUGAGGUGACUUCCUUGAUGAAUAGUCACAUCAACAAUAACCUCCAUCCAAUUCAUGAAGGCGUAUCAGGCAAUUCUUUGUCGAAAAAGGAUAGUGAUUCCGGUUUAAUGUUAGACAAAAACCUGGCAGGACCUGGGUACGAUAACUUUUCACCUAAUGAAUCUAAUAAUUAUGACGUGAUGGACAUGGAUAUGAAUAAUGCCAAUAACCAUAGCCAUAAUAGUAACAAUACCGGAGGAGAAGGUGGAAACGGAAAUUGGAACCAAUUGGAUUGGCUAAGUAUGACGUUGUGA